AUGGGUUUUUUCCGGACCUUAUAUUCUCACUCCGACUUUUUAGUUAGGUCAUUUUUUACCGUCUCUUUAUUUGCUGUACUAUUGACUUACUCCUUUAAGCCACUUUUUACUUACACAUUGUAUGGAAAACGCCUGAAAUCGUAUUAUCUCAAAGUUUCCCCUAAAUUUUUAGUUCCCAAAAAUUGUUUUGCAAACUUCUACCUUUUAUCAAUAUUGCUAAACAUAUUUCUUUUCUACAAGGAACGGUUAGAGAUAACUAACCUUUACCGUGUUAUGUACAUUACUCACGUCCUGAGGCGCCUUUUAGAGCAAGCCUUUCUGUUUACUAAGCUGCCCAAACCUUCAUUUUUACACGUUGUCGGCUAUCUUUUCGGACUUUGGUACUUUUACUCGCUAAUUUUUAGUUAUUAUGUAGCCACUGCCCUCGCCCUAAAUAAUCCUUCCUCCUACUACCCAUUUGGGUACUCUGUACUUUUAAAUUGUUUUGCUCAGUUUCUCCAGUUCUAUUCUCAUGUUAAGUUAUCUGAGCUGAGGAGGGACGUUAAGGAUGAGACUAGGGUUUACAAGGUUCCCACCGCUGGCCCUUUUAAGUACAUCUUAUGUCCUCACUACCUUGCCGAAAUUUUAAUUUACGUUUCCCUUUGCUGCAACUUGAACAUGUAG